AUGGGGGCUCCCAAUAAACCUAAUGUUGCUGGCAGCCGUCAGUCGAGGAAGUCAAUGCCACAGCCGUCGCACCAUCCAACCAUGCCGACCCGCGCAGCCAAACACUGCCGUCAUCAGGCAGCCAAAACACAUACAAGCUCCCAACAGCUCCUCCUCUUAUUAAUAUUCUUCACAUGUUGCGUCUCACUGUCGUCGGCAUCGCCAACGUUAUAUAUCGACGAGCAGUUGAUUGAAGGACAAGCUGAGCUCGAGGGACGAGCCGCAGCUUCGGAGCCGCUGGGAUCGACAUUUGCUCGACUUGCUCGUUCGGGAACAAUCCUCGUUGAUCGCAGUCAGCCUCCAGAACCCAACGGCCACGGUCAAGAUCUAGACGCCGCCGAUCUCAGACGACGCGCAGACCAGCCAAAUCCCCAAUCUUCAUCCUCAUCCCCAAUUGUGUCAACAUCAACAAGGAAAUCAUCAUCCUCCUCCUCCUCCACGCUGGCGCCCACUUCUACCUCCAGCGGCAUUAUUGCCGCUGCGACGACAAGCGUCCAGCCAUUACCUACCCCUUUUGAUAUGGGCUUCAACAACAAUAUAACAGCUAAUUGCGCAUCAUUCAUGACUGACAUGCUAUCCAACAACACAUUCAAGCAAUGCCUUCCGUUCUCCCUUCUCCUCCAGAACUCCAAUUCCUUCUUCCAAGCCUCCAAAUCCCUCGUUCGCAUCACCCAAACCCUCGACUACUCCUGCUCCGCCGACUCAACUAUCUGCACCUCCGUUCUCUCCUCCUUCGCAACCAACAUCACCACCACCUCCGCCUGCGCCGAAGAUCUCUCUCUCGAGAACCCCCUCGUCCAACAAGCCCUCGUUGGCCUAAAAGCCUACAAACCACUGUACACAGCAUCAUGUCUGCGGAACCCGGAAACAUCAGCAUACUGCUUCGCAGACGCCAUCACCAAUGCCUCGAACCCGACAGACUCGUACAUAUACUUCCUGCCGCUGAACACCUCGCUUGUUGGAGGGAGUCAGCCAACGUGUGAUGCGUGUUUGAAGAAUACGAUGGCCGUGUUCGAGGCGGCGAGUGCGGAUCGGAGCCAGGCGCUGGCGAGCACGUAUGUUAGUGCUGCGAGCCAGAUCAACGUCAAUUGUGGCCCGGGGUUCGUCAAUGCCAGUUUGGCGCAGGCGGUUGAUUCAGCUGCGAUGUCGGAUCUACGUACGCAUCCGACAGGUUCGAUGGGUCUGGUUGCACUGCUUGCUGUGUUCAUAACGUGGCUGCUGUAG